GCCGUAGAGAGAUCUCUAUGGUGGGCGCUCCAUUAAAACCGUUGGCGCUCCUGACCUUGGCGUCGUGAAUGCGCAAAGCACACAGACUGUGCGAAGCAGGAGAUAAGAGUGAAGAUCUGUGCGUUUGAUACUGAAACCGGAGAAAUAUUCCACACACCAGAUCUAUUGUUUUAUAUAACUGACGGGCAUGGUAUGGAGGAAAUCUCGAGAUGGAGCGCGUCUUAGCUUGUGCAAAAGCAGAUCUGUGUUCCCUGCAAUGAAAACUGGAAGUGGGGGCGGUCGAUACCUGGUUGAGGUGUAUUUGGAUUUUCUAACUGUCAGAUCUAAAGGUGCAGUGAGUGAUGUCUGUUUGACAGGGUCAGUGCAGAGGAACUGAACAGACACUAAAGUGUGCAUUUGUGUUGUGCAAGGGCACCAUCUUGCCCAGACCAUGUGGCUGGCUACAUUUAGAGACCAUCUGUUGCCGGCACACCUGCUACAUCGGCAAGGGACUGCAACCAUCACCCACUGUGCUCUUCUUUGGUGGAUAUUAUGUUCCUGCUGGUCAUUGACCAGGGCAACAAGCCAGAAAUUCUACCCAACUGUGACCACCCAGUAUGGGAAACUGCGAGGCCUCAGGGUUCCUGUGCCCAGUGAGGUCCUCAGGCCAGUAGAGCAGUUUCUUGGGGUCCCCUAUGCUGCCCCACCUGUGGGUGAGAAGCGUUUUAUGCCCCCUGAUCAGCCCUCCUCUUGGUCAGGUAUCAAGAAUGCUACCCACUUCAUGCCUGUCUGCCCUCAGAACAUCCACAACACUGUGCCAGAGAUUAUGAUGCCAAUAUGGUUCACCUAUAACCUGGACACAGUGGCCACAUACAUUCAGGAUCAGAGUGAGGACUGUUUAUAUCUAAACAUCUACGCUCCGACAGAGGAUGGGAGCCAACACAAGAAAAAAGGGGCGGCUGAGAUACAUAUAUCUGAAGAUAUAAGGGACUCCGAAGCGAGGCCUGUGAUGGUCUACAUCCACGGAGGCUCCUACAUGGAGGGCACUGGCAACAUGAUGGAUGGCAGCGUAUUGGCCAGUUAUGGGAACGUUGUCGUCGUCACGCUCAACUACAGAAUUGGAAUACUAGGCUUCCUCAGCACUGGUGACCAGGCAGCAAAAGGAAACUAUGGACUCCUGGACCAGAUUCAAGCCCUACGCUGGAUAAGUAAAAAUAUCGGUUACUUUGGAGGAGACCCGGGUCGCAUCACGGUUUUUGGAUCUGGAAUUGGUGCUUCCUGCGUCAGUUUGCUGACUCUAUCCCACCACUCAGAGGGUCUGUUCCACAGGGCCAUCAUCCAGAGUGGUUCAGCGCUGUCCAGCUGGGCUGUCAACUACCAGCCAGUCAAGUACACUCGCAUGCUUGCUGAGAGGGUUGGCUGCAAUGUGUUGGACACAGUAGACAUGGUGUCCUGCCUGCAGAAGAAAAGCGCUAAAGAGCUGGUUGAGCAAGACAUCCAGGCUGCCCGAUACCGCGUGGCUUUUGGUCCUGUCAUCGAUGGUGAUGUCAUCCCAGAUGACCCUGAGAUCUUGAUGGAGCAGGGCGAGUUCCUUAACUACGAUAUAAUGCUGGGUGUUAAUCAGGGAGAGGGGCUGCGCUUUGUGGAGAAUGUGAUGGACCUGGAGGAUGGUGUGUCUGGCAGCGACUUUGACUUUGCUGUGUCAGACUUUGUGGACAGUUUAUAUGGCUACCCAGAAGGGAAGGACACACUGAGGGAGACAAUCAAAUUCAUGUACACAGACUGGGCUGACAAGGACAACCCAGAAACUAGGAGGAAGACCCUGGUGGCCCUCUUCACUGACCACCAGUGGGUGGAACCGUCAGUGGUAACGGCUGAUCUACAUGCCCGCUACGGCUCACCGACCUACUUCUAUGCCUUCUACCACCACUGCCAGAGCCUUAUGAAGCCAGUGUGGUCAGACUCAGCGCAUGGAGAUGAGGUGCCUUAUGUAUUUGGCAUCCCCAUGGUGGGCCCAACUGAUCUGUUUCCCUGUAAUUUCUCCAGGAAUGAUAUCAUGCUCAGCGCUGUGGUUAUGACUUAUUGGACCAACUUUGCAAAGAGUGGGGAUCCUAACAAGCCAGUGCCACAGGACACCAAGUUCAUCCACACCAAGGCCAACCGUUUUGAGGAAGUAGCCUGGUCCAAGUAUGACCCCUAUGAUCAGCUGUACUUGCACAUUGGUCUGAAGCCUCGUAUCCGUGACCAUUACCGUGCUACCAAAGUGGCCUUCUGGAAACACCUGGUGCCCCAUCUCUAUAACAUUCACGAUAUAUUCCAUUACUCCUCCACCACCACCAAGGUCACACCACUGGAUCCCACCCAGUCCAAUGGUAAGAGAUCUAGUGGCACUGGACGUCCUCCUUUAUCUACUGCUCACAGUGGUGGAGAGGGAGGGAGAGAGAUGGGUCCUUUGAUCAUGCCAAACCCGAGAGAUUACUCCACAGAGCUCAGUGUCACUAUUGCUGUAGGGGCAUCACUGCUCUUCCUGAACGUCCUGGCCUUUGCUGCUCUGUACUACCGCAAGGACAAGCGCAGUCGCCAGGACACUUCCCAACAACCCAGUCCACAGCGUGAAAGCAAAGGCAACAAUGCAAGCCACACUACAACAGUAGAUGAGACCCUGUCAUCCCAGCAAAGGAACCAGUGUGAGGCCCUUCACAAUCCUCUUCAUGUCUCACCCAGUAUGGACUACACUCUCAGUCAGCGCCGCUCCCCUGACGACAUCCCUCUGAUGACCCCCAACAACAUCACCAUGAUCCCCAACUCCCUAAUGGGCCUCUCCAACAUGAGUCCAUAUAGCACCUUUCCUGCUGGUUACAGCUCUGCAGGCCUGCCCAGCACCCACUCUACCACGCGGGUAUAACCUGGCAGGAGACGGAGAUGAGAAAUGUGACGUAGAUGAAAAAUGGAAAUGUGAAACUGUAUUUAGGAUGUGUAGGUAAAAAUAGGAUUUAAUAUGUAUGUUCUGUCUUUUUCCAAAGGUGUACAACCGCCAACAUCCUGCCUUUGCUUUCUCAUAAUAGGAAGUCUAACUGCAGAGUCAUUUUAUAAUAAUCAUUUUCAAAGGCAGUCAAAAAGAAAAAGUGCAUUUCAUUUUCCACUUUGGCUUUUUUGGAACUUUACCUAGCAAGAACUUAGUAUAAUGUUUGUACAGUUGGAUUUGUAUGGGAAGUUUUUCUUACUCUGUGAUAUCUAUUUUGAUCUCGUGGAACAAAGUGACAUUACAAAUCGUGGUGGACAGAGAUGAGAUCUGGGAGAAGCAUAAAAGCAGUAUUAUUAUUACUAUUAUCAAGCUAUUUUAUACAUAUUUCUCAUGGUACAUUGCUUAUUAUGAAAAUGUAUUUUUACUGUAAUUACUUUAAAAUGCCUUGUACAGCACAUCGCUUACAUGAGGAAUUACUGCGGAAUCAUACCAACAAUGGAUUGAAGUUUUACUGGUCACAUGUGUUAAAACUGUCCAAUUUAUCCAAAAUGUUUCUAUCUGGUAGUGCAGAUUAUAGCACUGUUUGUGUGUGUGUGUGUGUGGGUGUGUGAGUGAGUGAGUGGCGGACAACUGCAGUACAAAAAUGUAAAUUGGGCACUGUUUGAAAUUAACCAUUGGGUUUUGCAUAUGUAGUAUUGUGUAAUUUAUUGUAGUCUAUUUGAGUAACCUUGCUAUAUUAUUGUUUUAUGUGCUUUUCAUUUUUGCUUAGUACAUCGUAGGAAUAGAUCUUCUGCUUCACUAUAAAGAGAAAAUUGCUUAAGAUGUGUUUUUCCUACUCUAACCAACUCAUGGUUCUUUUGGCUUGGCUUGUUUGUACAGAAUAAACUUAGACCAACAUUUUAUUUGUCGUUUGUUUAUGAAAAGCCUACUGUAAGGUCUUCGGAGAGAUUACUGUAAUUACAUUGUAACUGUAUGUAUACCAAUUCAGUUAUUCACAUUUAAAAAGCAGUUUUAUGAACCUUACAGAAUAUUGCUCCCUCUCCAAGUGGUUUGGACCCCUUGUCAGUUUAACCAUGGGGUCAUUCUGUAUUGAAUGGACACGAUGGACCUCAAGCUUUGAGAUUUAAGCUCUUUGAAUCUAUAAAAUUGUUUACUGGUAAUCUAAAUAAGAUGGCUAUUAAAAGAUUUUUGGAACUAAA